UAUUCGUAAAGCAUUGCUAACAUUAUUAUACCGACGACACCACCUCCCGCAUUAGCAUAAACAAGCAUAUCUUCUCGUUCUGCGACAGUUUUCGCUCGACAGUGCGCGACCCCUGCGUCAUCCGACAAGUUUUGCAGUUGUGAGCAAUGUACAACGGCAUCGGCUUGCAGACCCCAAGAGGGUCGGGAACGAAUGGGUAUAUCCAAAGCAACAAGUUCUUCGUAAAGCCCAAGACCGGGAAGGUCGAAACUAAGGGUUUCGAGGCUGGUCAGGGUACUGCGGGUGUUAAGAAGCCGAACAAGGAGAUCCUCGAGCAUGACAGGAAAAGGCAGAUACAGCUGAAGCUCGUGAUUCUAGAAGAGAAACUGAUCGACCAGGGAUACACCGAUGACGAGAUCGCUGAGAAGCUCGAGGAGGCAAGGAAAAACUUGGAGGCGUCUACAGCUUCGGAGGACAACGAUAACGCCGGAGGCGGCAUGAAGAUGGAGAAGAAGGUUUCAGACACACAAACUCACCAAAUUGCUGCGAGGAAAGAGAGACAGAUGGAGACAUUAAGAGCUGCACUUGGAAUUACUAGCGGUAAUGACACAUCUAAAGUUCAAGAACAAAAAGAGCCGGGUGAAAUAGUAGAAACAGAGUCUGAAAAGAGUGAUGAUGAAAAAGUGAAGGAAAGAAAAAAUGUUUAUGUAAAGGAGGACCAGGAACAACAGAGGGAUAAAUAUAAGAGUUCAGAACAGGAUAGAGAUAGAAGGGAGACACAGACAGCGGAAGAUACAAAAGCUGUAAAGGAUGUUGCAAAUGAGGGCAUGAAGAAGCUGGAAAAUAAGAAGAGUGAAAGUGGGAGGGAUAAAUAUUAUGACUCAAGACGCCAAAAGAAAUACGACAGAAAGAAAAAUUGCAAUAAUGAUUAUUCUGAUACAGAUAGCAGUGGAGGUGAGUCUGAUGGCAGUAGUAGGGAGAAGAGUCCAAAGAAGCGCUACAAAGGAAGAAGACAGGAUAGUGAUUCUGAUAGCAGUAGUGGGGAGAAGAGUCCAAAGUUUCACAAAGGGAAAAGACAUGAUAGUCAUUCUGAUAGCAUUAGUGGGGAGAGGAGUCCAACGAAAUGCAAGGGAAGAAGACAUGAUAGUGGUUCUGAUUCUGACAGUGGUGAUGUUGGACAAAGAAAUGCCAAAAAGGAAAUGGAAAAGCUUGUUAAUACUCGUAGGAGGCAUGAUUCUGAUGAUGAAUCCAGUUCAGAAUCUUCAGAUAGCAAUUUACAGAACCACAAAAGUCAAACAAGGAACCGACAAUUGAAAACAAGAGGAAGGCGUGAUUCUGAGGAUGAAUCUGAUACUGAUAGAGAAGGAGGAAGAAGAAAAAAUCAAAGAGAGAAACAGAGGAAUCACAGUCAUAGAAAUGAAGACAGUGACAGAGAUGACUUAAACACAAAAGAUAAGAGGAGGAACACCAAAAUUGAUGAUAAGAAAUAUGGAAACAGCAGGCAUGGACACAGAGUGGAUGAAGACAGUGACAGAGAUGACUUAAACACAAAAGAUAAGAGGAGGAAUACCAAAAUUGAUGAUAAGAAAUAUGGAAACAGCAGACAUGGGCACAGAGUGGAUGAUGAUUCUGAUCCUGACAAGUCGAGAAAAUUUUCGAAGGCAAAGAUUGAGAAACGUCAUGGAAGUAAAAGGCAUGACACUGAUGAAGAAGAUUCUGAUACUGGUGGGAGGAAUGCUAAGAAGCAUCUGGGAAGACACAAGGUAACCAAAAGAGGGGCAGAUUCCCCAACUGAUGACAGUGGGAGCAGCAGCAGUGAUAGUUCUGACUACAGCAGCAGCAACAGUGAUUCAGGUAGUGGUAGUGAUCACAUCCCUGAGGGAGCUAGAAAGAAGUCCAUUGAAGACAAGACCAGGAGGGUUUAUGAGGAUGACCUGAUUGGGAAAGGUUACAGAAAUGCUCCAAGAGGUGCUGCAGAAGAAAGGGGAUUCGGGUCUAGAGUCAUUCAGAGCAAUGAUGAAAGGAAAGAAAAGGGUGAUCGUUAUAGUGAUGAUGAUGAUCAUCAGGAGAGUGGAAGGGACAUAAUGGGGAAAUUGGAAAGAAAGAAGCAGUAUGAGUCAACCAGAGAUGGCAUUUUUGGGAGUCAUGACAUGAGAGGUAAAAGGAAAUUGGAAGAUGAGAACCAUGAUGACCAACCAGAAUUCAAGUCAAGAAACCGGAAUUUGGGAAAAAAGGUAGAAUCUCAGGAGCAGCUUAGAGAUGACAAAGUUGAAUUUGAUAUGGACAGAGAAUACAAGAGCAAGGAUGAUCAGAAGAGAGAAGAUUACUCCAGUCGCAAUAGAUUGGGGGAGAAAUGGUCAAAUAGAAGAUGGUACAAUGAUGAACAUGGAGAUAGGAAUUGUAGAAGGGAUGAAGAAGAACGUGGAAGUCGAAGACUUGGAAAGGGUGAAGAGAAAGAGCGCAAUCACAUAAAGUGUGAGAGAGAUGAAGAAGAAAAGCAUGGGGGCAGAAGGCAUGAGAGGGGGGAGAAAGAAGAGCAUGGGGGAAGAAGGCAUGGGAGAGAUGAUGAGGAGCAUGGGAGCAGAAAGCAUGAUAGAUAUGGGGAAGAGCAUGGGAGCAGAAAGCAUGAAGAGGAUGAAGACAACAAGCGUGAAAGCAGAAAGCAUAAAAGAGAUGAUGAACAAGAACGUAGUGGCAAAAGACAUGGAAGAGAUUAUGAACAUGGAAGUGGAAGGCAUGAGAUCUAUAGACAGAUAGAUGCCAAGAGGACCAGGUAUGAGGAUGAGUAUUGGUCAAGGGGGAAAAGUAAGUAUGAGAGUAGCAGUCUUGAUGAUGAUCGAUAUAGACGUCAAGGAUGAAAUGAAUUUCCGUUCAUGGAAUGAACUGCAAAUAUGGGAAGAAAUGAUAGCUGGAAUGGCUAGGAAAAGCUUCAUGGUGGGAGUGUAACUAGCCAGAUGGCUCGUGCAAAAGAUUUCGACCUUCUAAAUCUCGACUGCAAACUACACACAUCAUCAGGCAGAUACUUUCUGUUAUUUUGAGUUUUGACCCAUUUGAGACGGUAUGCCCAUUUCAUUUCUACGCUCACAGGGGGCACACUUGUACAUGAUCGUAUAUUUAGAACCUUGUUUGGCUCUCAGGUGCAACUUAGCUUGUGUAACUCUACUUUCAUGUCUAGUUUCGAAAUUCAUAAAUUUCAAGAUUUAAGACACCAAAGCUGUGGGUAUUUAUUCCAUAAAGGGCUAAUGAUGCUUCGAGCAGUUGAUCUCAUUCAA